UAACGCUCGAGCUCCGCUGGCCAUAACCUCAAGAUUUUUACCGGUCGGAAGUUUUUUUUUAUUGCGAUCAAUUUUAAGAGAUCGAUUUUAUGUCAAGAUAAAAAUUGCUGCAAAAAAGGAUUCGAAAACGAUAAAAAACUUUUUUAAGGAUUUACAAUGUCACUACUUAGUGUUACUGUUAAAAAAGCCGCAUUCGUUGGGGUCCAAGCUCAACAAUUCAACACUUAUGUGACAUUAAAAUUACAAAAUGUCAAGUCUACAACGGUUACCGUAAAAGGGGCCAAUCCAUGCUGGGAGCAAGAUUUUCUUUUUGAAACGAAUGACGUUAAUACUGGGUUAUUGGUGGAAGUUUGGAGCAAAGGGAUGCUGUGGGACCGAGCACUUGGUUAUCACUACAUACCACUGCCUGAAGUCUCAUAUGCAAAUGAGGAUGAUUGUGGACAAUGGGUAAGCUUAGACUCUGAGGUAGAAAUGCGUGGAGGAGAAGUUGUAGGUACAAAAACACCAACUGGGCACAGUCUUCUGAUAUCCUGCCGCUUUGAACAACCUUUUGACCCAGAGAAUACGGAAGCUGCGGAUUUGCAGAGGAAACUCGAGAUGUUGAAUAACACGAUGGACCAAGAGACAAGAGCCGAACAGGCUAGGAGACAAAUACUUUAUAAUAUAGGACACUCGGGUUACUCAGAAGAUUCCGACUACACGUCAGACCUAAAUUACCCAGUGGGAGGGCAGGGUGCUAACAGUUCAGCCUCACAAUUUCGUACCGCCGCUAAUCAACUGGCAACUCCCCAACGUUCACUAGAAACCUCAAGGGAAAAUAGCUACGAGCGUGAUGAUCACCAAAUUCCAGCAACAGUAGGCGGUAGAUUGACUGCGAGUUACCCUAACUACGGUACCGGAAGUCGUGGGCAUAGUCCGCGAUACGAUGAACCAUAUCCUGGUGAAAAUAUACCUCAACGUUACAUUACACCCCAGAGUGGGGAGUCUUCCGAGCCACUUUCAUAUAACAGUAGACCUCGGGGUUAUAAAGAGUACAGACGACGGAAGCACACAUGGGAUUAUGAGGACAGUCAAGACGGAUGGUACAGUGAAGGAUACGAUUAUCAGGGAACGAGAAUUGAUGAUUCCCGGGUAUUUAGCGAUACUGAAUAUUAUCCUAGUACUACAAGUUCUAUUCGGCGUGUCCCGCAUAGAAAACCGUCGUUAGAAAGGCAAAAUACAUCGUACGAUGAACAGCAUUACAAUACUGACGGAUAUAGUUAUAAUGACACUAGAAUAUCUAAAAUGAGCGCCGUAUAUCCAGAAUGUCAGACAGAUAUUAUGCAUAAUGAUUAUUAUGACUCACGAUAUAUCUACCAGGAUGAAAGAUAUGGCCAAGAUGAUGAAGAUCGUCAGUGGGACAGCGGAGGAAAAUGGUAUCUAGGACCUAGUAUUUAUCAUGAAAAUAAAAGAAACCGUAAAAGUUUACCUCAAAGACCAGCAUCAAGCAUCGGGAUUCAUCGACCUAAUUAUCGGCCCACAGUAACGAGACAACGUAGUUACGAAUCCGAAGAACUUGACUACAGUGGCUCGCGCCGAAAGAAAACAUCUCGCGCCUUAUCUCGCCAAGAAGGAAUAGCAACUGGUAAAAAAUUACCCCCCACUCCGACUAAACCCAGCAACGUCUUACUAAACCGUAAACCGAUAUCUCUACCUGCAACUCCCGGACGUCAGUUGCCACGCACACGAACGCCCUCUGAAGAAAGUUACUACAAACAAGAAUACAAUGAAGACUACAACUACGCGUAUCGUAGUAGCCAAGACAACUUGGAACAAGAACAAGAAUUAGAACAAAAUCAACAACUCAAAGUACUAGGAAUAGUACCAGUAUCAGCUUACGAUUAUUCCCAAACAGUAAUGAGCGUUCAGGACAAUCAAUUUGAUGAUUACUCAGUAAAUCAGUAUGACUAUCAAGGUACACAGCAAAUAAAUUCAACAGUAUAUACAAAUGAUUAUAAUCAAAGUUUGUAUGACCAACAAACAGUUGUCCAAGAUACCCAACAAAUAAAUAAUGAUUACUAUCAAGGUUAUGUUGGACCUGCAACAAGUUACGCAGAUGAAAUUUAUCAAGACAAUACAUAUCCUAAAACUUCAAUUAAUGAUCAACAAUAUCAAUCAACAGAUAUGAUUAUUGAUGAUAAUUAUCAAUCUUAUGAUGAUAAAAUAACUGAUAAUUAUCAUGAUUCAUAUAUCGAUUCUUAUAAACAAGAUGCAUUUCAAGAAUCUUAUAAACAAGAUUCGUUUCAAGAUUCUUAUAAACAAGAUUCAUUUCCAGAAUCUUAUAAACAAGAUUCAUUUCAAGAUUCUUAUAAACAAGAUUCAUUUCCAGAAUCUUACACUGAUUCAUACAAAGAAGAUAAUUAUCAAGAUAUAAGUAAUUAUGAUGAUAAAAAUAUUGUUAGUACUUCAUCAUCAAUACAAACAUCUAAAAUAUAUGACAAUGAGGAUCAGUAUAUACAACAACAACAACAUGACAAUAAUAAAUACAAAGUUGCUACAAGUGUAUACGACAAUUAUCAGUUAGAUCAAUCGGUACCAGUUACAGUUGAUAAUUAUGCUAACCAUGUUACCGAUAAUAAUUACGAUAAAGAAAAAAUAACUGCUGAUUAUAAUAAUCAUGGGGAAAAUCAGGUUCCUGAAUUAUCGGUCACAACUCCUAAGGGACAGACUAAAGUAAAUGGUUAUCAGAUACCGGUUGAUAAGAGUGAGGAUUAUUAUUAUGAUGAUGAGGAAGUAGUGCAUGAGGUAAAGAGAAAUGGAGAUCUGGUACAAGAGGUUCCGACUAAGGACUCAUUUGAGACGGCGAUGAUUUCAGUCAGUGGAUUACUGGAACGCAAGGGAUUUGGUGACUCGACGGCGGUAUCUAAUGCGGGUUUAAUUGACCCGGGGAUUACUUCUACAGGAAUGACUGUGGGAAUUACUUCUGUGGGUCAGGUAAUCACGAGUCAAGUGGAGACGGUAACUAGUGUCACCACCACGGCGAUGGUCCAUCCGAUGAGCAAUGGUAAGCGACCAUUGACUAGGACUGAGUCUUAUAUUGAGGAACCGAUGGAAGAUGAGUUUGUGGGAGAAUUACAUCGCAAGGACUCACAAAUGUCACAUCAAAGUCAGGCCAGUCAAAGAAGCAAUCAGAAACCUAAAUUAAGCAGAGGUGAUUCUUAUGCGUCUGAUUUUGAGGCGAGAGACCGGAGGGAAAGUUAUCAGGCGAAUAGAGAUGACUCUUAUGGGUCUACUGAGGAACAGGAUAGCUUUAAGGAACCGCUUUCUAGGACUGACUCGUAUCAGAAGAGAGAGUUUAGCAGAGGUAACUCGGUUUAUGGACAGAAUUACACAACCCCGCAGCCUAUCUCCAGGGCGGAGAGCUAUCAGAGGGGGUACUUUAAGAAUCAAGAUUCUAUUGAUGAGACUGAAAUCGUUUUAAGUAGCGCUAUUAAUGGAGAGUACAAAAUGAGGGAUGAAACUCUUGAAAGAUACGAGAAAGGUGAAGAAGCACUUGCUCGAGGUUCAAGAGAAAAUUCCCUCGUAGAACCAUACAAACCAACACCACCGAUGUCCAGAUCAGCAAGUCCUCGAGCAGAGAGUAUAACGAAACAGGCCUCGUUGGAAGAAAGUGUGCAAAUGGACACGCCACCGCGAAGUCCUCCCGAGCCGCCUGCGGACGAAGAACUACUGGAUCUCGUUGGCGCACCACCUGUGCCAACUCAAUUGAAAGAGCGCCCCGAGAUGACUGCUAAGCAGCGUUGGCACUGGGCUUACAAUAAAAUCAUCAUGCAGCUAAAUUCUGAGGGUCAUGAUACGGGAAAUACCUAG